AUGUUUGAAAGAACAUUGGUUGACCUCAUCAGAGGUAUUAGAAACCAUAAAAAGAAUGAAACUAAAUUUAUAAAUCAAUGUAUAAAUGAAAUUAAAGAAGAAUUAAAAGGUGAUAUGCAAAAAAAGACAGUUGCCGUCCAAAAAUUAACAUAUAUUCAAAUGUUAGGAUUUGAUAUUAGUUGGGCAUCAUUUAAAAUUGUUGAAGUUAUGAGUUGUAAUAAAUUUUCAUCAAAAAGAAUUGGAUAUUUAGCAGCAUCACAAAGUUUUAAUGAAGGAACAGAUGUUAUUGUAUUGGCAACUCAUCAAAUUAGAAAGGAUUUCUUAUCAUCGAAUCAAAGUGAAGCCUAUUUAGCAUUGAAUUGUCUUUCAAAUAUUUGUACAACCGAUUUAGCAAGAGAGUUGGCAAAUGAUAUCCUAACAUUAUUGAGUACACAAAAAACACAUAUUUUAAAGAGAGCCAUCACGGUGUUAUAUAAGAUAUUCUUGAGAUAUCCAGAAUCGCUAAGACCAGCAUUCCCAAAGUUAAGAGAGAAAUUGGAUGAUCCCGAGCCAUCGGUUGUAUCAUGCUCAGUCAAUGUGAUUUGCGAACUUGCCAGAAGAAAUCCAAAGAACUAUUUACCAUUGGCACCUGUGUUAUUCAGAAUUCUAACCAACACCACCAACAACUAUUGGAUGUUAAUCAAGAUUGUAAAGUUGUUUGCAGCAUUGACACCACACGAGCCACGUUUGGGCAAGAAGCUAAUAGACCCACUCACAAACAUUAUCAAUUCGUCACCAUCGGUUUCAUUGCUUUACGAGUGCAUUCAAACUUGCAUCACUGGUAUGUCUGACCAUAUACCAUUGAUGAAGUUGUGUAUUUCAAAGUUGAGAACAUUGAUCGAGCAUAAUGACCAGAAUUUAAAGUAUCUUGGUCUAUUGGCAUUGAAUAACAUUAUGAAGAUUCAUCCAAAGGCUGUGUCAGAGCAUAGGGAUUUAGUGUUGAAUUGUUUGGAGGACGAUGAUAUCUCCAUCCGUUUGAGAGCAUUGGAUCUCUUGCCAGGCAUGACCAGCAAGAAGAACAUCGGUGAUAUCGUAUUCAAACUAUUGGAUCAUUUAGACAAUGCAGAGGGUCAAUAUAAAGAGCAAAUCAUCGAGAAAAUAAUUGAACUAUGCUCAAUGGGCACUUAUCAAUUCAUUACCGACUUCGAAUGGUAUAUCAAUAUCUUGGUUAAAUUAUCACAAAUUCAAGAUUCAAUUCAUGGUAAAUUAAUUGCCUCUCAAUUAUUGGACGUUGUAAUUCGUGUAAAGAUCGUACGUGCCUAUAGUACCAGACAAAUGAUUGAACUAUUAAAGAAUCCAAAACUCAUGUCAAAUCCAACCGAAGGUGGUAUGUGUGAAGUUUUAUAUGCUGCCGCUUGGAUUGUUGGUGAGUUCUCUGGUUAUGUCAAUCGUCCAAUAGACGCAUUGGAAGCAUUCUUACAACCACGUGUUUGUGUAUUACCAUCACAUAUUCAAUCAGUUUACAUGUUAAAUUCAUUAAAAGUUUUCUCUCAUGCUUGUGCAAAAGCAAACGGUGACAAAAUCCCAUCAUUAGACGAUGAUGAUGAGGAAGAGGAAGCACAAGAAGAAGAGGACCAAAAUGAAAUCACUCAUGAAAUCGUUCAAGAAUGUCUUGAAAUUAUUAAAUCACGUUUAACAAUUUUCACUCAUAGUAUUUACCUAAAUGUACAAGAACGUGCUUGUCUUAUUAAUGAAUUAUUAUCAUUCUACACAGUCACUAAAGAACAAGGUAAUAAUAUUUCAAAGGAGUUAAUUUCAUUGUUCACAGAACAAUUAAAUCCAGUUGGUCCAAAAGCUCAAAAGAAAGUACCAAUUCCAGAAGGUUUAGAUUUAGAUGAAUGGAUUAAUGAUCCAAAACAUCAAGAACCAAUUGAAGAGGAUGAAGAUGAUGAUAUUUUCAAUACAAGUACAUCUAGUCAUCAAAAGAAACAUCACAAACAUCACCGUGGAGGAUAUGAUGGUGAUGAUGAUGAAGAUGAUGAAACCAAUAGUUCUCAUUCAGGUCAUUCAAGUAGUAAUUUCAAUCGUCAUCCAAUUGAUAUUCAAAGACAAAAGGAAGAAAGAUUAAGAAAACAAGCUAAUAAUCCAUAUAUGUUGGGUGGUAAAGUAUCAAAGAAAUUAUCAACCAAUGAUCCUGAAAAUAUUCCAGUGGUUCAACUAACUGGUGAUUUAGGUCAUCUUCAUGUUGGUGCAUCAUCAAAUAGACCAAUGCCAUCAAAAGGUAGUAAAAAAACAAAAAAACAUUAUACCAUCGAUACUACCACUGAAAUGCCAGAGGGUGCAAAAGAAUCUGAUGAUGAGGAUGAAAAAGAUAACAAAUACAAAAAUGAUGCUCUUUCAAAUAUAAACUUAUCAGAACCAUUGACCGCAAGUGAUGUUUUACAUACUUCUCGUCAUAGAACUGAUAUCAUAAAAGAGAAAGAAAGAGAAAUGGCAAUGUUGGCAAAGAAAAAUGCAAAACUAUCACCAAAAUCACCACCAUCAACUGCAAAUUAUUCUGAAGUUACAUCACCAGAGAUUGCACCUGCUAAAAAAGCUACUAAAAAAGCUGCUGCUGGUUCAAAUCCACCACCACCACCAACUGCUAAAAAAUCAAGCAAGAAACCAGCAGCCACCUCCUCAACUACUACCACUACUAAAUCAACUCAAGCAGCAGCAGCUGUAGUAGCACCACCACCAGUAAUUGUCAAAAAAGUAUUAAAAACAAUUUUGGAUGAUGAUAAUUUUAAGAUUACAUGUGAAAUUCUUAAAGUAUCACCAUCAAAUGAAACAGAUAAUAAUCAAAUCAAGUUAACAAUGAAAGUACAAAAUAAAACUGAUGAAGAUAUGUCAGAUGUUUCAAUUAGUUUAAAGAAUCCAGCAGAACAAUGUGUUUCCAUAAAGAAUAGUGGUGAAAUUGGUGUAUUGGAGGCUGAUGCAUCCACUACUCAUACAGAGUUAUUGAAUGUUGUCAAUGUAUUGAAUAGCCAAGAGUUACAAUUCACUUUAUUGGCAUCCCCAUCCUCUUCACCAUCAAUCACAAAUCAAUUAUCAAUCGAUUUACCAUUCUCAUUCUUUAUUGUUGCUACAAAAUUACCAAAAGAUAAGUUUGCUGAAAUCCUUCAAAAAUCAGGUCAAGUAAGUGCAAUGGAUUCAACUAAAAUCACUGGCCAAUCCUUAACAAUGCCAUUGGUCAUUGAAAAACUUGCUCAACAAUUAUCUAUUGAAGUUGUACAAGCUCAUCCAAAUGGUCAAACAGCUUCCUUUUAUGCUAAAACUACUCAAAAUCAUCAUAUCGCAAUGUUGGUGAAAGAAAAGGAUGGUAAUAUUUCUUUUGAUAUUAAAUCUCCUCAAUCUCUUUUAAAUCAAAUCUUGGUUAAAGAAAUUGCUCAACUUACAUUUUCCUCAAAAUAA